AUGAAGGAGAAACACCGCUCCGGCCGGUGCAAGGGGAAAGUGCAUCACGUGCUGCACUACUUCGGAGGGGCGGUGUGUGAGUGCCGCACCGCCAUGUCGCAUCACAGCGACGAGCAAGCGCUGCUGACGGGCGCGUCCGACUCGUUCUGGGAGCCGGGCAACUACAAGCGCACCACACGGCGCAUCGACGACGGUCACCGGCUCUGCAGCGAGCUGCAGGCGCUCGUGCAGGAGCGCGCCGACAUCGAGAAGACGUACGCGAAGAGCCUGCGCGGCUGGGGCAAGAAGUGGAACGACCUCAUCGAGAAAGGUCCAGAGUACGGCACAAUGGAGGCAGCGUGGAAGGGCGGCAUGGAAGAAGCCGAGCGCCUCUCCGACCUACACCUGAGCGUGCGGGACCGCCUUGUUAAUGACGUUAUUGCACAGAUUAAGAACUGGCAGAAGGACACCUAUCAUAAGUCAAUGAUCCAACUCAAGGAACGGAAGGAAAUGGAUGAGGCUUUCAAGAAAGCACAGAAGCCCUGGGCGAAGCUGCUACAGAAAGUCGAGCGUACCAGGCUGGAGUAUCACACUGCGUGCAAACAGGAACGGACGGCACAGAACCAAGAGAGAAAUGCUAGUGGCGACAGCUCUUUGAGUCCUGACCAGGUGAAAAAAAUGGCGGAACGCGUGGCGAAGUGUCGAGAGGAAGUGUCGAAAUCUCGCGAGAAAUAUCAAGCGGCGCUAGCGGAGAUCACGGCCUACAACCCGCGAUACAUUGAAGACAUGACCAGCGUGUUCGACCGGUGCCAGCAGAUGGAGGCGCAGAGGCUCACAUUCUUCAAGGACGUGUUGUUUAGCUUUCACAAGUGCCUCAACAUCAGCCAGGAACCCACCUUACCACAGAUAUACGAAGAAUUCCAUCAUACGAUAAACAACGCCGACCACCAAAAGGACCUCAAGUGGUGGGCCAACAACCACGGCGUUAACAUGGCCAUGGCGUGGCCGCAGUUCGAGGAGUACACGGAGGAGUUCCGGGACAUCGCGAAGGGCAAGUCCAAGGAGAGCCUGCCCACCGGCCCCAUCACUCUGCUGAAUCAGCGGCCAGUCAGCGAGGACGAGCUGCCGCCGAUUAAUUCGAAUAAACCGAGCAAGAACGCCAACCACACCGAGCCGACUGGCAACAACACCGCGCCAGUCCCCAACAACACCCACAACGCACACUCCAACAACACCAGCGCGAACAACACUAUCGACAAGAAGACCAUCAGCGCACCCAUAGCCGUCACGAACGGCACGGCGAGCGCGCCCAAGUCGAACAAGACCUCGCCGAGCAAGGACAGCGGGCGGCAAGACAACCCGUUCGAGGAGGAGGAGUGGGACGAGGAGUCGGCCGGCCUCACCGACAGCGGCGAGCCCGGCGUGCCCGUGCGCGCGCUUUACGACUACACCGGCGCCGAGAGCGACGAGCUCAGCUUCCGCCAGGGUGAUUUAUUCGAGAAACUAGAAGACGAGGACGAGCAGGGCUGGUGUAAAGGGCGCAAGGACGGCCGCGUGGGCCUUUACCCCGCCAACUACGUGGAGCCCGUCGGACACUAG